AUGAAAGAUGACAUUGAGACCGACAAAUCAGCUAACCAGAUGCGGUCUGAUUUCGAAAGACUAUGUUUGGAAAGGGCAAAAGCGAUCCUGGGUAUUUCACGUGGAGCACUGCGCGGUGUUUUGCUAACGGCGAACAAGGAUAUAAACAUAAGAUGGAAGGAAUACUACGAACAACUAAUGAACGAGGAGUUUUCGAGUCAAAAAAUUCCCCAUAUGCCACCUGUUGAAGGGCUUAUAAAAUCUAUAUUAGAGGAGGAGAUACCAGCAGAUCUCUUGAAGAAGCUGAAAGAAUCUGCAACACCCUGGCUCACCAAGCUUUUUAACGCUAUUAUUAAAGAUGCCAAGAUCCCUGAAUCCUGGCUUUAUGUUUGGGCGGGAGGAAUAACCUGGCUGGCCAAAGUAAGGAAUGAGUAUGUCAGCGGAUCCUUCAAAGUAACAUCAAUUGUUGAAAAACUGAAGGAGUGUCGACCGCAAUGGUACGGUUACUUCCUGAGACGUGACGAUGACGAUCCGAUCAAGAAAGCUUUAAAUAUCCCGGACAGACCGCGGGGAAGAGGACGACCGCCCGUAAUCUGA